AUGCCUGAACGAAAGUCUACUAGUAGGCCGACAGUGCUGUUGUUUGAUAUCGGGGGUGUCUGUGUCGUGUCGCCCUUCCAAGCGAUCCUCGACUACGAGAAGGCCUGCGGCAUCCCUCCAGGCUGGGUCAACUACAGCAUCUCCGCCACCAACCCCAACGGUUCCUGGCAGAAGCUUGAGCGCGGCGAGAUUCUGCUUGACGCCGACUUCUUCCGCGAGUUUAAGACCGACCUCAGCAAUGAGUCGCGAUGGCGCACCUACUACGCUCGCUAUUUUGCCGCGACACGCAAAGAGAAGCUGAGCGAUGGGGCAGAGGAAGCAGCAUACAACGUGCCACCAGUGCCGGACAUUGACGCGGAGAAGAUGUAUUGGACAAUGAUGAGCAUGGCGCGGGAGCCGGAUCCCUUCAUGUAUCCGGCAUUGAAGAAGCUGCGCGCUGCUGCGGACAAAAGCAAUGGGCGGCUGAUUAUUGGUGCAUUGAGUAACACAUCCAUCUUCCCGCCUGGGCAUCCAUUCAACGAUGAGACAACACAGGCGGGCAAGACGAACAAGGAGUUGAAAGGUCUGUUUGACAUCUUCGUGUCGUCCGCGCACGUCGGAAUGCGUAAACCGGACGAGGACAUCUACCGAUAUGCGAUCACGAGGCUGCAUGAGUUCGUCAAGCUUAAAUAUGGCGGAGACGGUGUGCGAGUCGAGGACAUAACGUUUCUGGAUGACAUCGGGACGAAUCUUCGUACCGCACGGAAGCUGGGGAUGAACACGAUCAAGGUGCAGCUUGGAAGGGCAGAUAAAGCGGUGCUGGAGCUGGAGAAGAUUACCGGUCUUUCAUUGAGAGAUGAGCAGCGAGCUAAGCUGUGA